GGCUGCGGGCUCCCUCACCUGACACGAUUCUUCGAUUUCUUGAUUUUACCUGAGGGUUUUCAGCAGCGGGCGAUUUUCUCUCGCCGGGUUCCCUUGAAUUCUCACUUGCCACUGGCAACCAGUCAUUUCUGAGCCUUCGCAUUCAACAGGCGAAAUGACAGAAGUCGCACGCCCUCCGGGAGAGCCCCGGCCUCAAGCUCCAGCGCCGGUCUCCGCUCUCCGCUCAUCCAGGCCGAAGCCGAAGCGGGUAGCGACCCGCGUCUCCAUCGUCACUCCGAAAGACUCCACCACCUCCGAUGCGACGAGCCCGCGUCCCGCGUCCGCAGGGACCCCGCCCGGUUUGAAGGUGACGUCGACGCCUUGGGCGAAGAGGCUCAUCCUGACGCUCGACGGCGGCGGCAUCAGGGGAUACUCGUCACUCAUCGUUCUGCGAGCCUUGAUGCGCGAGAUCGCCCGCAUUGAACAGUCGCUCGAGCCGCGCGCCUCGGCCAGCACGCAUACCACCCAGAUCCCUCGCCACGAGAUUCCCGAUGAUGUGUUCAAGGACGGCCAGUACCUGCCCUGCCACUACUUCGACUAUAUCGCGGGCACCAGCGUCGGCGGUUUGGUUGCGAUCAUGUUGGGCAUGCUGGGGAUGAGCGUUGAUGAUUGCAUCGAUGAAUUCCACCGACAGAACAAGGCCAUUCCGCUGGCCGACAAUGCCUCGGUCGUGUCAUCUAUCGAGUUCCCGCUCCUGUACCGGCGGAGCACCUGGCCUACGAAGCGCACCCGCUCCUUCUUCGACACGUUUGCCAAAUUCACCGUGACAGCGACCGGCCGGACCCUCACCGGCACAUCCACGGUGCCUUCCCUAUCUCCCGCCUCGUCCCAGGUCUCAGCCGCCUCCAGCGAGUUCCGCAAGGACGUCUACCAAUGCCAGACCCUCGCCUGGUGCACCGAGGUCGAGCCCAAGCGCGCGCGCCGGCCCUACGCGUUCUGCACGUACGCCGAAGACGAGAACAGCAACUCGGGGCAGCUCAUCUCGAUCCCCGAGGUCGCCAAAGCCAUCACGACGCCCUCCCGCUACUACUUCAAGCCCUUCAAGCUGGGCUCGGGCCAGUUCGUCGACGGCAGCAAGCAGAUCCGCGACCCGACCCUCGAGGUCCUCAAGGAGAUCAGCUCGCUCCUCGACGAGAGCGAGCCGGCCAUCGACCUGCUCCUGAGUCUCGGCACGGAUGAGCACCACGCCUGGUUCUACGAGAAACUGCGCGGCAUCAACACCGCGACUGCGGCUUCAGCGGCGGACAGGCAGGCCAUCAGCAAGGAAGAGGGCCGCUCCUACAAGCACUACCACCGCUUCGAGGUGCCCGACAUCAAACUCGGGUGGCGCAAGAAGUACUUCCUGCGCGAGAUCGAGCAGGCCACGGACGCGUGGCUGGCAGCGCCCGCGCAGCAGGCCGAGAUCACGCGGUACGCGACCAUGCUGGUGGAGCGACGGCGGGCGCGGGCGGCCACGACGCGGUGGGAGACGUUCGCGCUGGGCGUGCGGUACGUCUGCUUCCACGACGAGUGCAAGGGCGACGGCCGCGCGGAGGCGCUGGAGGAGCAGGACCGGGGCGUGCGCUGGUUCGAGGGCCGCGGCGCCUUCUUCGACCACCUCGACCGCAAGCACCGCCUGCUGAAGAUGGCGGCCAGGGGCCCGAUGGACGUGGAGAAGGAGCUGGACAAGGGCCGCCGGUUUGGUUGUAUCUAGGGGUGCGGUCCUACUACAAGAAAAUGUUGACCUGAACGUGAAACGGGGGACAGGGCGGGUCAUUGACAGGGAAGGGGACAAGGACGGAGGG